AUGGCCCUCUGUCAGGCGUCCCUCCCGCACGGGGGCUCCUCUCAGCCCCAGCUCUCCGGCGAGAACGGGAAGCAUUUGCCUCUGUUACCACGUAACGAGCGUCUGUCGUCCGCUUCCUGCGGGGCUCGGCCAAGAUGUCCAGCAGGACCUUCUGCCCAAGCGGCUUUGCAGAGCUACCCUUCUGGGCCCCGACUUCGCAGAGAUGCCCUGGCGGCCGUGCCGGAGGCUGACCGAACAGACGUGGAGUCCACGGGCUCCGCUCCGAGGCGUCCGCCAGCAGAGACGGACCCAGUGGAGGGCCCCUGGACGCUGGCCCACGCAGGCCUGAAGCGACCUUGCCCCGGCAGCCCCGCGGGCCCCAGCCCAGCCUCUGUCGACCGGAGAACCGGUGAACGCGCUGUGGCGUGUCGGCGUGGCACCCCCCUCGGGGACAGGAAGCAAGGGGCUGCACAGGCACGGGACGCGCUGAGCUCUGAGCUCAGUGACGGAGGCCCGUGGGCAUCUUCUCGCGCAAACCGCAGCCAGAGUGGAGCCCUGGCCUCGGAGACCCCUGGCGGCCCCAUGCACCCCGGUGUCGCCGGGGCCACGGGGAGGCAGGCGUUUGGGGCAGAAAUCCCUGCUCUUGCCUGGAACUGUCCCCUGGCAGCACUGGUCCUUCCUGGAGCUCCCACGUGCCCGGGCGUGUCAGUCUGCAGUGGCACCGUUUGUACUGCCCCCCGUGGGGAGUCUGUGCAGGAAGCGGGGUCCGUGCAGGCGGGACCCCGGCGUGUCGGAGCCGACAGUCGCAACAUCCCUUACAACAGCAACAAGCGUGAGCACGUGCACACGAAGUCCACCAACAGCCUGUCUGCGGUCUGGGUCGGAACACGGCACCGAGCGCGUGCCAGCUCUCAGCAGAACUCUUGGUCCCCGCCAGGUCCCCUUCUUCCGAGGGCCUUGGCCCCCUCCGUGCUUGACGUCGCCGGGUCCCAGGGGCGGGCUCGUCCCCCGCCGCCGGCCCCGCCCCGGCCCGGCCCCGCCCCCGCCCGCCCCGCUCAGACCUGGGCCCCGCCCGCGGCCGCUCCCGCCAGGCUCGAGCCCCGAAGCUCUGCUGGCACCCGGGGAUCUAGAGGCUGGGGCUGGCGCUCGGCCACCAUGUCCCAGCGCUUCGUGGUGACCCCCGCGGCGAGGGGGGCGGGGGACGCGGGGCCCAUCCCGGAGGGCGGCGGCAGCCAGUUCCUCAGCCCCGGCCGAGUCCCGUGCUUCGACCCCGCGGCCGCCCCCAAGACGCCGAGGGUGGACGCGCUGCCCAUCCUGCGCUACUGCCGCGAGCCGAGCCGCUACGGUAGGUGCGGGCCACGCGGGGCGCCCAUCGAGGGCGCGCGGCCUCCCCGUCGGUGCGGCGGAGCCGGGCGGGCGCGCAGGGGAGUCGCCGACCAGGCCCCGGGGUUGGUGCGAGCGCUGCCCGGGUCCCUGGCCUUGCGGAUGGCGGCGGUGGCUGCGUCGUCAGCGCUGGGUCGAGCUGGUGAGGGGCGUGUCCUGGGGGCUCCCCUGGGGACUGGGCCUCGGCCCGGAAGGCCCCCGGCCCCGCUUUCUGCCCUGCCCUGCGCCCUGGAGCGGGAUUCGACUCCCUGGGCCCUUGGGAAAGCUCCCGAGCAGAGCACCGUCUGA